GAACAUUCUACCGGGACGAAUACAAAAGGACGCGUCCGGGAGAGAACGGUUUAGAAUAACACGAACUACGAAACGAGACACGGACGAUACGAUUUGGCGACUUACGAAUUUUGACUCACGGCUUACGAUUUACGGACUACGAUCACGAUAACGACCACAAUACAGCUUUGAACAUGGACACGACGCAGAAAACACGAUUCGGACUUUCUUGUAUCACACUAACAACGUGAAAAUUUUCUGCUGUCAGUGUGGAGGGAAAAAAUCAAUCUAAAAAACACGAUGUCACAAUGCCACAGAACAAACAGCAGGAUAUCAUUGACAGUGGACACGUGACCAAGAUCGAACUGGAGCUGGAAGAAGCUCCGGACGAUUCGAUUCCAGUUGGAUCAAUGCCACCGGAAUUGGAUGUCACUGCUGAAAUCAAUUCCACCUAUCCGGAUGGUGUUCUAGGGCCAGGUGCAGUUGUAGUCAGAGCUGAAGAAGCUUUGAUAGUUAUUCUAGUGCUUUUCCUAUGGGCCGCAGCAAUUGCUUUGUUCUUCAAUCGAUGGGGAAAGAUCAGGAUGUUGGAACCAUAUCAACCAAAAUUUCAACAACAACACAGACCAAGCUGUACUACAAUCGAGCAGAAUCAACUUCAGAACCGGCGCACGUACUCAAAAUGUAAUGUUCUCUGCGGAGAAUAUCCUGUGCGACUGGAAUUGAACUCUAGUUCGGGUGAAAUGCGACCAAGGCAAAACAGCGUCUUCAUUGGUACCAGCUCGUGUUUGCUUCCCGGCAGCCAAGGAACACCACGUCGUACAAAAAGUGCGCUCGACCUUAAGUUUCUGGUUUUUUCGGAGACUAAUGCGGAAGGCUCUCGCGAGCAGGAUGCACCGAAAAGCUUCAAACCAGCCAGUGAAUCCACGAAACUUUUGCAACGCGAACGAAAUACUAGUAUCUGCCAGUUCGACAGAAACGAGGCGAUGAAACCAUCUUUUCGAGACAGAGGAAUGAGCAUUUGUCAAUUCGAUGCUGCCCCGAAGUUAUGGCAACGAGAUCGCGGGAUGAGUAUCUGUCAGUUCGACACAUCCUCGAAAUUAUGGCAGCGAGACCGCGGGAUGAGUAUCUGUCAAUUCGACAGAAUGGACGUUCUCGCGCGGCCAUUACAAAGAGACCGUGGCGGUAGUAUUUGUCAAUUCGACAGAAUGGAUGUCUUGGCCAGACCGUUGCAAAGAGAUCGAGUGGGUAGUGCGUAUCACUUUGAUAGAACGGAAGUUUUGGCCAAGCCCAACUUUUCUUUUGGAAAAUCACUAUCGAAAGAGAGACGCGUUAGCAUGUGCAACUUUUUAGAAAAAGACGAGGAAGCUGCGAAAGCUAUGCAAAAAGAAAGACGUUCGAGUAUGAAUGUUGAAAGAAUUCCAAAGGAUAAUCCGUCAAUCGAGGAAAUAGGAAAUGAUACGGAACAGCAAGAGAUAUUUGCUAAAUGCACACUUAGAGAAAAGAAAAGUAACAUUUAUCAACACGACCAGCCAUCUUGUAGUAAGACAGCUGACCUCGUGUACGGAUACAAAGCUACAUGCGUGUAGCAUCAGAAAAUUACGUAAUUUAUCUUGAGGGAACAAUAAUAAUGACAAGAUCAAUCUACAAAUUAACAUUUUCAUGGAUGUUUAAUUUACACAUAAUAAGAUAAAUGUUAUUUUAAAUGUACGGUAAACUUGUAGAAAAAGCGUUCCUUCUGCGAUUUCGAUGAUUUUUGAAUAUGUUGUAAAAUUCGACAUUUUAAGCAACUUGUAUCCGUUGUUUGUGUGAGUGCAUGCAUACAGGUCAUGACACAAGGAGUCUGUGUCCUUAAUGAAUAUGUCGAAGUCGCUUAGUUUCAGAGAUAUUCGCAAAAAACUAUGAGUACUACUACAUGGAAUACGUAUACGUCUGCGGCUGUUUGUGCGUCAGCAAAUAAUCCUCGCUAAUCUACUGUUUUUGUCAACAGCACCGCGUGACCCAACUGCUAUUCAUAUAACUGGUAAGCUUAAAACUCAUACUAAAUUGAUUUCAAUAAUUUCGUCUAAAUAUUAAUUUAGUCUAAUCUUAAUCCACUGAUUAGAUUAAAUAUAGGAUGUAGUACCAAAGUGCCUAGGUGGUCGAUCGACACGAGCUUUGGCGAGGGGACUCCAAAUAUAAAACGGUAUCCUCAGCAGCCUAUUAGUUUCGGAGACAUUAAUUAAAAACUUCCGGCAUAAUACAUAGAAUUCUGCCUAUACAGACGUAAUUAACACAACCAUCUACGCUGUAGUAACCACUAUCAUUGUGUGACAAGUAACCGAUGACACAGUAGGCGCCUCGACCUAAGUAUCUACAAGGUGUCUCAUAUACAUUAUUUUGUAAAUUGUGACUCACGUUUACUUUAGCCUCGUCGUUUUACUCGUUCUGACGUGCUGAAUACGAAUAUGGUUUUCGUUUUUGGAUGAAAUAACCAGCUGUCAAAAUAUACGCAAACAACUUUCUAAUCGAUACACAGAAUUUUACCCAAGUGUGUGAACCUGCAGCACAGUCACAAGCAUAGCUAUCUUCUGUUUGUAUACAUAUAAAUGGCGAAUUUCUCGCUUAUACAUGUAUGAACAGAAGGUAACACUUGAGUUCGUUACGAAUAUGGGACCACAGUAUGAUUAGGUUAUGUUUCCUGGGGAAGGGAUACAGAGAGAAGGACUUUACUCCUCCCCCGCCCUAAAACAGGAGGAUAAUUAUUUUAAAAAAUUGAAAUUAUUAUAUCUCGCUUAGCAAAAAUGCAAAAUAAGGAGUUAUAAACAUUUGAGCUAUAUACAAAAUUUCGGAUUAAGUUCGGUAGAUAAUACUAAAUGCAACGGUCAUUGCAUUGGCAAAAUUCUGAGUGACACACCCUAUAUACAUACUCAGAUCGAGGUCCCCUACUCUGUCAUGCUCGGUAGUUACUACGGCGGAAAUGGUUGUGUUAGUUACGUUUGUAUAGGCAGAAUUCUAUGUAAACAUGUAUUGUGCCAAAAAUUUUUGAUUAAUGUCUCUAAAACUAAUAGGCAGCUGUGGAUACCGUUUUAUAUGUAGGG